CUCGCAGGCAUUUGAAUUUCUCCAGCUAAUUCUUCCUUCAGCACGGUACAUGCGCAGUUGUUUCUCUACGAGUUCUGUUGUCAUCGGGAAAUGCCAAAGUCAGAACCGCGGGCGGGCAUCCGCGCAAGCACCCGGAAGACCUCGAGUCGCAGUACCGCCGCUUCCGAACCACGAUGUUUCCAAAGACCGGAGCCCGUAAUGCGUUCUCCCCAGCAGCCUCUGCGGUCCCGUCGACACCCAUCCACGCUGCCACAGGUAUCUGGUUCUGGUUCUCGAGACCCUCCUUCUGCCCCAUCGCUGGAGGAUCACGAGGCAUGUUUGGCUACAGUCGAAACCCUGGAGCGGGAAAUUGAAACGUUGGAGAGGGACAAGGAGACCCUGUCGGAGCGCCUUCGAGGCGUCCAGAGUGAGAAGCAGAAGCUGGUGAACGACCAGCAUCGGUGGAGACAACAGCUUUCCGAGCGGCAGGAAACUCAACAAUUGGUGCUUGAAAUGCAGCAUAGCGUUACGGAUUGGCACCAGCGACUUUGGAGCCCUGCUGGUUUACCGGAAAAUGCGGAUCCUGCCGCCUUGAGAAAUGCUCUACCGGCAACGACAGCGGCGUCGGAUAUGUGGCCUACACAGGAGGACGGAGGGGGUGCAUUUGACAACUAUCAUGACAUUGCACCCGGCUCCGGUGACUUUACGCAGCUUCUUCAAUUCUAGUUUCUCUACCGUAGUAAUUUAUAUUCUUUCUGGGGCGAAUGCGCACACAUAUACCGAUCAAUAAUGACGGUGCCAAUUGUGUCAAGUAGUGCACAUUGACGCCCACUGAAAGCGGCUUAGAAUCGUCUGAAAUAUGGGAUCGCCUUCUGGGUCUGCAGAAGGACUGGG